AUGCCUGAGAUGCCAAUGGCAGCCAAUCAACACGAACCCAGCAUUAAAGAUGAAGAUGACGACGGAGACGAAUUCUUCGACGAUGAUGAUGAGGGCAGGGACUUCACCUACAAGCCUUGCCCUCGAUUGCCGCAGCCCUUUGUGGUGAUGCGAACAUUGGGGGAUUUAAUGAAGGCAUUAGAUGCCGGCAGCAUCGAUGUCGACCCGGAAUACCAGAGAGAGGUUGUAUGGACAGCCGAUAGAAUGACGGGACUCGUCAACUCGUUGAUGGAAAAUUACUACAUCCCGCCUAUCAUUCUGAACAAGAAGGAAUACAAAAACCCAAAUGGUAAUGGUUCUUCGUACUCGAUGGUUUGCGUCGACGGCAAGCAGCGUCUAUCGUCCGUUCGAGCGUUCAUUAAGGGUAUGAUUCCGUGCCAUGACUAUCGCGGACAGAAAUGGUGGUUUGUCGAUCCUUCCAAUAAGCCCUCCAAAAGGAUUCUUCCUGAAGCUGCUCGAAAGGAGUUCCUGGGCAAGGACCUCGUGUCAACCGAGUUCUCUGGCCUAACUCCAGAACAAGAAGAGGACCUCUUCGCAAGAGUGCAAAUGGGGAUGCAACUAACCUUGGCGGAGAAGAUGCGUGCAUCGAACGGGCCAUGGCAAGAAUUGGCCAAGCUUUUCGUCGACGAUUUCGCUGUGAUCUUUGCGCUGUUGAAGGAUCGAGCACGCUCUAAAGAUUUCCAGCUUGCUCUCUCGUGCUUCAGUCAAAUUAUCGAGGUUGAGAAUCCCUCCAACGCUAACGGCAUCCCUAUGCUAAAGACGAAUUAUAAAUCUCUUCCAAAACUACUGUCGAAUCAUGCGGCAAUGGACGAUCAAAUCAGAUCCCACUUAGCGAAUACAUUCGCUACUUUCAAGGAACUGGUCCAAGAAAGCCCAGAGACGUUCACAAAUGUGGAACGAAAACUGAAAGGUGUUCAGACCUUCGCUCCCAUCGAACUCGUUGCUGUCGCGGUCCUUAUCUCGAUGUACUCCCACAAGCGAAACAACAAACUUCUCCUAGGUGACAUCCGUACCCUGCGGAAUAGACUCCGUGACAACUUCGUUGAUAUCCGAAUGAACGCGCCUGUUUGGAAGUUUAUCUGGGGAUUCCUCAACGACUUAGAAGCUUAUCGUGGAACUAUCGAGGGAGUUACGAUUGACCGGAACGUGAGACUUUCUGUGCCCGUUUCCGAUGUUACUGGUACACCAGCUCAGAAAGCACCAGGAUCGUCGCCAGGCAGUGCGAAGAGGAGGGGAAGGCCAACAGCACGUCCGAAACAAGCAUCGUUUGUAGCCGUAAACGCAGCUUCAUCCGUCGUCCCAGUUGAACCUCAUCCGCCGAAACGACAACGAGUUGAGCAGAGGAGGCCGAAAACUUUUCCAGGAAGCGUUGUCUACCCCCCCUUCCCCGGGGAUAGCGUCCAUGGCUUUGUUACUACUGGCGUUGGUUCCUCGGCACUUCCUCUCGUCAUAGACGAUGAUCCAGCGCCACCUCAUCCAGCGUCUCGUAGACAACCAAGUAAAGCUCUAGCAGCAUCUUCUCAGAGACACACGCCUAGUAUGUCGCGAAUCGGGACAAACGAAUAUAAGUUCACUACCCCACCAGUCCCUACUUCGCCGGAUGAGUAUAGUGGUAUGCACUGCCAAUCUCCACAUACCCCCUCCACUCUCCAGGUACGCCAGAAUCACGUCUCCGAGAUGAGCAGCAAUGGUUCACCUAUGGAACCUAUGGAACCUAUGGGCAUGAUGGCUGCCCCUGUAUCGCUUGCACAAAUGGCACCGGCGGCACGAAUACUCCAGCGUCAUCCACAACAUCAACAAGCACAGCAACAUCAUCACCAAACCCGACAAUCUCAGCGCCAUCACCAACUUGAUCCUGUCCGGCCUCACCCGCAACCCAACCAACCGCAGCACCGCACACAACCCCAACAGCCCCCACCAGCACCAAGCCGUCUAAACACAUCCGCAACCCUCGUCCACGUCGAAGACCAACUCCAAGCAAUCCUCAACGCCGCUAAAUCCUCAUCUCCAGAGGAACCACACCCACCCCAACUCGCCCGCUCCUAUCCCCAAUCCCUCCCUAGAAAAUUUCCUACCCCUAGCCCUCCCCAACUCAACGGUACAAUUGAUCUAACCGACGACGUCGAGGAGGAACGUCAAAACCUCCUCUCUUCCUUUGGCAGCAGGGCCACUGCCGCAAGCGAAAGUAUUGAGAAUAAGCGCGUGCGCAUCCUGGCUGAGUUCCGCGCUAUGAAGAAUCCUACCACUGGAUCGAGGCUAGGAUUGGGAUCUGGAUCUGGAUUUCCCGUUGCGGGCGGCAAGAGGGAGCAGUCAAUGUUAGGUGCGUCAUCGUCACCUUAG